GUCACGCGGCGCUACCAACCAAACCAACCACACGUCCACACACUCGCACCGGCCGACCGGUCGCCGAUCCGAUGGCCUCCUCGCUCCGCCAUUUCACCGGCCUCGCUUGCUUCCCCGUCCCCGCCCCCGCCGGGGCCGGGGCGUCCGGCGCCACCUGCUUGCUGCGCCGCUACACCCCCGACUUCUGCGCCUUCGCGGCGCUCCGCCCGGUCAGGCCGGCCGCCGCCUUCUCCGCCGCGAAUCCACUCGCCUCUCCGGCCGAGCACGAGCAGCGCCAGCAACCGCAGCAGGCCGUCCCGUGCCACGGCGGCGACCCGCCCGCCCCUUCGCCGUCGCCGUCCCCGCCGUCCCCGGCGCCGCUGCGGGUGGGGAUCGUCGGAUUCGGCAACUUCGGGCAGUUCAUCGCGGGGGGCAUCCAGCGGCAGGGCCACGCCGUGCUGGCGGCCUCCAGAUCCGACUACUCCGACUACUGCGCCGGCCGCGGGAUCCGCUUCUUCACGAGCGUCGACGCGCUCUGCGAGGAGCAGCCGGACGUGCUGCUCAUCUGCAGCUCCAUCCUGUCCACGGAGGCCGUCGUCCGCGCCAUCCCCUUCCACAAGCUCCGCCCCGACACCAUCGUCGCCGACGUGCUCUCCGUCAAGCAGUUCCCUCGCAACCUCCUCCUCGAGAUUCUUCCACUGGGGUUUGGGAUUGUCUGCACGCACCCGAUGUUCGGGCCAGAGAGUGGUAAAAAUGGCUGGGGCAAGCUCCCAUUCGUCUACGACAAGGUUAGGGUGACUCAAGAUGGGGAUCAGGCAGUCAAAUGCGGACAAUUCUUGAGCAUAUUUGAGCAGGAGGGAUGUAGGAUGGUGGAGAUGUCAUGCGCGGAGCAUGAUCGCUAUGCUGCCGGAAGUCAAUUUAUCACGCACACAAUUGGAAGGGUUUUGUCACAACUGAACCUAAAGACAACUCCAAUUAACACAAAGGGUUAUGAGAGCUUGUUGCAACUUACUCGUAACACUGUAAGCGAUAGUUUUGAUCUAUACUACGGGCUUUUUAUGUAUAAUAUCAAUGCCACAGAGCAGCUUGAUAAUUUGGAGCGGGCAUUUGAGAGUGUGAGACAGAUGUUGUAUGGUCGGCUGCAUGAUUUACUACAAAAGCAAAUCGUGGAGAGGGUCCCCAUGACAACAAUCUCUUCAGGAAAAUUGGAAAAUAGCAGGUCAAAUUCUUUCGCAGCGCCCCCCUUAUCGCGUAUAAUAACAGAAGAGAAUAAACAUGUAUCUUCUAUUACUUCUGUAGCAUCUCCUACUAGAAUUUUACAACAUACCGCUUGCAGUAUAGGGCAAUGAUAAUCAGUAUGUCUAGCUAUUGUUGUUUUGUUGUACAUUUACUGUUGUGGAAGAUGCACGUGUGAAAUUAUUGUAGCUGAUAGUAUUGAUAGGUGGAGUAAAAUCAUUGCUUUGCUUAUUUAGUUGUUCGUAAAUCCUGAUCUUUCGCAUCCUUUGUAGGAUAAAUGUAAUUAAAUAGAGAGAAUUGCAUAUGUCAUCUUAAAGACCAAAAUAUAUAUUGUAUACAGAAAAUAGUAAAAUAUUAUUUUCGUUUAUAAUAAUCAGAUGUUGUUCUACUCUAAUUUAUGGAAUCUUGAUGUCGUGUGUAAAGUAGUUAUUAUCAUGUCCAAUUUAUAGGGCUAAGUAUGUGUGUGUAUAUUAUUAAAUCAUGUUUUUUAAAAGUUUCUCUUUAUGUUAUUGUGCCAUAACAACAACAAUAUUUUUGAAUCUUAACACGCCAAAACGACAUUCAUAUUUGUGGAGGUGUGUGCACCAUGAUCGGAUCAUCAUGUUCUCGCACCCUGCUUGUAAGGGCCAUUUGCUUUAGCCAAAACAAGAUGAGAGGGAGGGUGUUUGAGAAAGGAAGAGAGGAGCAGGACGAACAGAGGUGGAGGUAGUGGCGACCAAGUUGUGGGGUGGGGAUGGUGAUAUGAUAAUCUGAUUUAUACUUUGCCCCAUAUCUUAUACUCCCUUCAAUCUAUUGUUCUAUUUUUUCUUACAAGUGUUAGAACUAGGAAGAUCCAUUCCACAACAAUAAAAUGUAUAAUAUAAGAUUA